ACUUCCGGGCUGCGGCUGUCCCCGGUACUGUUCUCGGUUCCCGGAGCCGGCGGGAGCGGCGGGCCGUGCGGGCCCGUGCUUUGGAGGCGCUCGCUUUCCUGGCGGGCAGCGGCGGAGCAUGCGCUGGUCCAUGGGCACCAUGCCAGUUCUUCAUGUGAUGUACCAGCCUCCAGUCCCAGAACCAUGGGGGAGAUGAGGUAGCCCUUGGGUUUGAUUUGGGGAAGCCCAGUUCAAUGGAUACGAAGUACAAGGAUGACUUAUUCCGGAAGUACGUGCAGUUCCAUGAGGGCAAAGUGGACACCACCCCCGGCAAACAGCAGCCUGGCAGCGAUGAGUACCUGCGCGUGGCAGCUGCCACCCUGCUCAGCCUGCACAAGGUGGACCCUUUGUAUCGAUUUCGGCUGAUCCAGUUUUAUGAGGUGGUGGAGAGCUCCCUCCGCUCACUGAGCAGCUCCAGCCUGAGUGCACUGCACUGCGCCUUCAGCAUGCUGGAGACACUGGCCGUCAACCUCUUCCUGUUCCCCUGGAAGAAGGAGUUCCGCAGCAUCAAGACCUACACGGGCCCCUUUGUUUACUAUGUCAAGUCCACGUUGCUGGAGAAGGACAUCCGAGCCAUUCUGAGGUUCAUGGGCUAUGAGCCAGAGUUGGGGACUGCAUACAAACUCACAGAGCUUGUGGAGUCCCUCCAGGUGAAGAUGGUCUCCUUUGAGCUCUUCCUGGCCAAGGUCGAGUGUGAGCAGAUGCUAGGGAUCCACUCGCAGGUGAAGGACAAGGGCUACUCAGAGCUGGACGUGGUGACUGAGCGCAAGAGCAGCACGGAGGAUGUGCGUGGGUGCUCAGAUGCCCUGCGGAGGCGGGCUGAGAGUCGGGAGCACAUGACCACUUCCAUGGCCCGCGUGGCACUCCAGAAGUCAGCCAGUGAGCGCGCAGCCAAGGACUACUACAAGCCCCGAGUGACCAAACCCUCCAGGUCGGUGGAUGCCUACGACAGCUACUGGGAGAGCAGGAAGCCCCCCUCAAAGGCCUCACUGAGUCUGCGCAAGGAGCCCCUGGCCAUGGAUGUAGGGGAGGACUUGAAGGAUGAGAUCAUCCGCCUGUCCCCCUCAUUGUUGACCAUGUCCAGCUCCCCCCAUGGUAGCCCUGAUGACCUCCCCUCCAUCUCCCCCAUCAACGGCCUUGGCCUUCUUCGCAGUACGUACUUUUCCACUCAGGAUGACGUGGACCUGUAUACGGAUUCAGAACCUAGGGCCACCUACCGGAGGCAGGAUGCUCUGCGGCCGGAUGUAUGGCUGGUCAAAAAUGAUGCCCACUCCAUCUACCACAAGCGUUCACCCCCCACCAAAGAGUCUGCCCUCUCCAAGUGCCAAAACUGCGGCCUGUCCUGCAGCUCCUCCCUCUGCCAGCGCUCCGACUGUGUACUGGUCUGUCCUUCGGCCUCCAAGCCUAGCGCUUUCCCCAGCAAGGCCUCUGCACAUGACAGCUUGGCCCAUGGGGCACCUAUGCGGGAGAAGUAUGCGGGCCAGACUCAGGGCCUUGACCGGCUGGCACCUGUCCACUCAAAGCCCAAGCCCUCUACCACAGCCACCUCACGCUGUGGCUUCUGUAACCGUGCAGGUGCCACCAACACCUGUACCCAGUGUUCAAAAGUUUCCUGUGACGCCUGCCUCGGCGCCUACCACUACGACCCGUGCUGCAGAAAGAGUGAGCUGCACAAAUUCAUGCCCAGCAAUCAGCUGAAUUACAAAUCCAGCCAGCUCUCCCAUCUCGUGUACAGAUAGGCCACGCCCCCGUCUUCCCUUACAAGGGCUACACACCACUGACCUGGCUUGGUCCCGUCAAAAGGUAGAGCUGUGCCGGAAGCGGAGACUUGCGCUUGACCAUGGAAGCGCCAGGGUUACUGCUCUGUCACAUUCCACCCAGCCACUGCUGUGUGGUCAAAAGGACAGGAUGACACUCGCAUUCAGUCACCUCACGUCCUCUCCACUCCCUGGUUUAGGUUUGGGUUCUGGUUCUGGUUCCCUUAAGGUCUCUGUCUCUGGGACUCUUGCCACACCUGCCCCACCCACUGCAAAGCCAGCUUGGACUGGGGUCACCUUCAAAUCCCCAUCAGGAGUGGCGAGCUGGAGGCCUGCUGGCUUGUGAAAUGAGCCCUCCUGCCACAUCGGGCCUCUUUGGUGGCUCGCCUUUUCCUGCUCCCUGGAUACAAGGAUCCCUAGGCAGAUGUCCCCACCCCUUGUCUCCCCUCCCCCCCCUCCACUGGUAUUAAAGGGGAGCCAAGUCCAGUAUUAGUUGAAUGCCAUUUUGCCAGCUCCACUCAAUCAGCCCACAAUGUUGGCAAGCUGCUUGGCAGUUGGAAAGUGGACUCCAGAGCAGGACUGACGUCCCUUCCUGUUUGCAUAACCCCCUUUUACUGUAUUGUACAUGCAGAAUUUGAGGUUUAUUUUUAAAUGAGUGUUAAACUUGCUGUGUGUUUCAACAUGGUGAAAGAAAUUAAUGAUAUGGUAUUUAUAAAGGUGCCCUGGGUUCUUUAGUCUUCCAAGGGGGGCUGCAUGCCCUUUCCCGGUGUUUCUUCCACUUUUAGGGUGGAGCUGGGAGCCUCGGGGUAGGGGACUGAUAAAGCCCAUGUUCUUUCCCGUGGUGGUGGAGAGCUACUGUCUUCCCUACAGUAAAUAUUAGACACCUACCUCCAGUGUGCACACGGGGUUAGCAUGGUGCUGGGGUCUGCAGUGACUUCAGUGACAAGGUGAGGCCCUCAGCCCUCACAUCUUAUGGCUCUGGUCUUGGUGCCUGCUGAGCGUGAAUCUUGCACCCUAAACCUCGAAUUUCAGAAGGAAGUUCAGGUGGUGGGAUCUAGCCUUCCUCACUGGCUGUCAGGGCGGCUCUCAGUCUCUUUACACUAGGGAGGACAGAGGUGGUAAGUAAGUGCUCAUUAGACAGACACCUCUACAGUACUCAGCCCAGUGUCCACACCUUCUGGGUUAAAUCUCACCUCUGGAUUUUCCUUUUUGGGGUGAGGGGCAGGGCAGGAAUUUGAAGCUGUCACUUCCUUGUGAGGUGUUAACACACUUUAGCCAUAGGCAGCUGUGACGUCCAGUGUUUGGGAUCUAUGUGCAAGUAGAGCUUCCCCAAAGGCGGGCAUUCAGCUCUGGAGCAGGCUUGACUCUGGCCAAACCCUAAGCCACUGUGAAUUUGCUGGUGGUCUUCCGACUUACUGGAGUGAUUUUAAGGUUUUCCAAAUCUUAUGACUCUUUUUUUAUCUCUAGCUGAUAGACCACAUGUAGAUAGUGUACAUGUAGAUAGCUGAAUUUGGGCAACUUUAUUACCGAGACUGGCCUUUCUGGGCAACCCGAUGAUGUUCCACUCCUCAGAGCUGGCGAUGCCUGGCUCUUCCUGAGAGCUCGUGUUGUGUUUUCCAUUCCAGUCACUCCAGCACUGCAGGAACUCUCUUAAGAUGGAGGACAGGUCGCCUGAGGAAGUCCAGUGUGCUUUCCACCAGGAAAUACUGUGUACAGACUGGCAAGGCCUCUCCCUCCUAGGUGUGUCUCACUAUAGGAGAUCGCUGUGAUCCGGAUAGUUGAGUAUAUGCUAAUUUAAAAAUGCACAUAUUUUGCAUUUGAUUUCUACAGAGUUGAAAUGUUGAGAGAUUUAAAAAAAUAAUAAAAAGUGUCUUCCAUUGUUAAAUGAA